AUGUUUGGUGAUCUAAGCAGCAAGUUUGGGUCUCUCUCUACUCACGUUCAAAAGCUUGAGGUGCAAAUCGCUCAAACAGCCGAGGCGGCCAAGAAACAAAAUGAGGUAAACACUCAAAAAUUUUGUAGUGUUGUCUCAUCUAUAGAUGGCACUAUUGUUCCUACACUAUCUCAAGGGGAAGAAGAAGAAAAUGAGCCUAAGGAGAGGCACAAACCGGAGAGAUACAGUUGGGAAUCAAGAAGAGCUUACAAGAGAAGACUUGAAGGCAAGCCACUACAAAAACAAGAAGAUCCGGGGAAGUUUGUGAUAACUUCAAGUAUCAAUGGCAUUCAACUCCACGAUUGCCUAUGUGAUACUGGUGCUAAUGUUAAUCUAAUGUCUCUUGCACUUGCAAAAGAUUUGGGAUUCAAGGAAUUCAAGAGCCCCAAGAUAAGAGUCGAGUUCGCGGACCUAUCGUGCAUGGAACCUUAUGGAAUGCUUGAAGAUGUCAUGAUGGAAAUAGGGGGUCGAUCGGUCCCAACUGACUUUCAAGUCAUGAUUUGGGAAGGCUCAAAGAGGAAUCAACUGAUUCUUGGAACCCCAUUCCUUGCUACAGCUGGAGCGGUCCUAAACUACUUUGGGAAUCAUCUAUCUUUUGGCCACAUCCGGCAAGAUAUCUUUUUCCCAAGUGUAAAUUUCAGGUCAGUGCCAAGUGCGACCAAGCUACCACCAGAAGAAGCCACUCUCAUUACCAAGAAAGAAGCUAUGCUGCAUGAGAAAGAAGAGAGACUCAUCUUACUUCCAACCUUUGAUGAGUAUGGAGCUGAAGAGGAGACUAAUGGUGCACCUAAUCUCUUUCACAAGAUAAGAAUCUUUACACCAAAAGAUUCGGAGCUUAAAGGUGACCAAUCCAUUGAAGAGAAGCUUGAGAGAACUAUGAAGCUUUUCCCCAAGGCAUUGGUUUUCAAAGAUGAUGUGAGAGAUGAUCAUGGCGCGACAAAACCACUACAAGAAGCCACUGAACCGGAGAAUGGAGAAGCUAAAGGGAUCCUUUGCCCUUCAGCCACUCUUCACCACGAUUGA